AUCAGCGGUGACGUUGAAGGAGGUUUCCCUUUAAAUGUUUCAACUCUCAGAAAGUGGAGCAUUACAACCCUGGAGGCUGGGUGUCAAGUUACAGCGUCCUGUCUCCUUUUUAAACUUACUGUUGGAAAGGGAUCCAAAAGAUGGGAGACUGGAGCUUUUUGGAAAAACUCCUCGAUGAAGUACAGGAGCACUCAACCGUGAUUGGCAAGAUCUGGCUCACUGUCCUCUUCAUAUUUCGGAUUCUGAUCCUGGGCACAGCUGCCGAGUAUGUGUGGGGUGAUGAGCAGUCGGACUUUAAAUGCAACACCAAGCAGCCAGGUUGUGAGAAUGUCUGCUACGACAAGGCUUUUCCAAUCUCACACGUCCGCUACUGGGUGCUGCAAAUCCUCUUUGUGUCAACACCAACACUUAUCUACUUGGGCCAUGUGAUGCAUAUAUCGAGGCAGGAAGAAAAGCUGAAGCAGCAAGAGGAGGCACUGAGGUCCCUGCCAAGCAAAGACAGCCAAACUGAACUUAUUGCAAAAGAGAUUGCAAGGAAAAAGUUAAAGUAUGGCAUUGAUGAGACAGGAAAGGUCAAAAUUAGGGGAGCACUGAUGUGCACCUACACAAUCAGCAUUAUCUUCAAAAUGUCAUUUGAACUGAGCUUUUUAUUUGGUCAGUGGUAUUUAUAUGGCUUUGUGAUGCCUGCCAUUUAUGCAUGUCAAAGAUUACCCUGUCCACACACAGUAGAUUGUUUUAUAUCUCGUCCCACAGAGAAGACCAUCUUCAUUUUAUUUAUGUUUGUGGUAGCUCUGAUAUCGGUCCUGCUAAACUUUCUGGAAAUGUUCCACCUCAUUGCCAAGUGUAUGAUCAGAAAUAUUCAGACCAAUUCCAAGAAACAACUCUUUCUAAAAUCAUCUGACUUUCCAGGAGGUCAUUACAUUGAAAAGGAAUCAAUACCAAUAGAGUACAUGUACCCACCUGUGGAAAGAACUCAGGGACCUUACCAGAGCUGCAACAAGUCCUCUACUGAGCAGAAUUGGACGAACUAUAACACGGAGCAGAUAUUGGCAGGCCAAAAGGUCAAUCCCACACCACAGGGGCCAUUGCAGCCAUUUAACUUCUUUAGAGAAGUCCCCGACAAAGUAGACCAAAGCUCAAUUCAAGAGCAAAGGCCAAUUAGUCCAGUCAGCAGUGUAGGCAGUAGGAGAAGGGACAAUGACAUUGCAAUCUGAUUUCAGGUGAACAUCAAGUUUGAAUGAGCAAUAUUUAAGAACGGUUAUGUCUGACAAAUUGGUUUUUCAGAUUUUUAGAAAUAGUUUAUGAGAGAAGUUGAAUAAGUAUCCAAGGUGAAUUUUAACACACUUGACAUAUUUUAGGUACAGUAUUAAGAUGGAUGCCAUUGUGCUGAAUAGUGGACAAGUACAUGUCUCUGACUCAAUCAUUGCAUUGAAUUAUUAUCACAUUUAUAAUUUAUUUCCCACUUACUGUGAGCUUUCUGAUUUCCUGGUUGAUGUUCUGAGGUUGAAUUAUGCCCUUGAACUGAAUGAAACAUAGCAAUGAGUUUUAAGCAAACAGGGCUGUUCAGCGCACCUUUAAGCUUUUAUUUAAAUGCGUUUCUAACUAACAUACAUUCCUCCAGUAUGUGCCAGUAACCCUCAAGAAAAGGUUUGUCGAAAAAUGUUGAUGUCUUAAUUAUGUAUUUUUUUCUUUUCUUUGGCAUCCAUAUUGCAAAUAUAUUUCUCAUCCUCCUAUUUGAGUGCCUGUUUUGUGCCAUUUCCUGACUGAGAUGCUGGAGUGUGUGACAGCUGGUGUCAGGCCUUUGCCAGUGCUUCUCUGUAACCAACCUGCCAGAGGCAUGCAAAAAUGGGUUUGAUUGAGGUGGUCUUGGGAGUUAAUUUUAGUACCGCCCACCCCUCACCCCCAUCCCCAUACAUUAGCGCACUCGAGGUGGAGAAAACUGAAUAUUUCAAUCAAGUCGAGGACAAUUCAAUAAAGAGUAAUCACUAAUUAAUGAAUAGCAAUAAAUAGUUAAUGACAUUACACACAUCAAGCUUGGUACGAAUAGAUUUUAUUUAUUGGCACUAGUAGAAUGAUACAUGAUGUGGUGCUGACAACAUAAUAUUACCAAUGGUCUCAGUUACAUUCAGUCAAGACACAGGUUAGAUUUUCCACUCAAUGACCGUGAAUAGUUGGAUAUCCAGUUAUAAGUUUUGCGCAUAUUUCUAAUUGCAGAAUUCUUCAAUAUAACCAAAAUAUGAAAAAAACAACAAUUAAAGUCAAGAUGGCACCAUGUAAAUUGUCUAAUUAGUUUUAACGUUCGCUUUGUUUUUGAUUUAGGGAAUUUGGUUCACCAGGGAUUGAGAGGCAAUAAACCGGCUGAAAGCAUCACAAACCAUUAGAGCAAAUAUUAGGCAUUUUAUAACCAUCACCUUGGUCAGAACCCCAAGAUUAAAUUCCUUACACCCACUGUCUGGGCAGCCCUGUGUGAAUUAUUAUUCUUUGAUGGGAUCAGUUUUAUGCUGACAGUGCAGUUGCAGACGGUAGUGUGGUCCAAAGUCUCUGCUGGUGAUGACUAUCAUACAAAAUUAAUAAUUAAAAAGGCAUUCUACUCUAAGUUUAUUGAGAAGUAAACGAUGGUUGGUUACUGAGAUUCAACACAUUGAGUGUAUAUUGUAAUAACUAAUGUAAAAUAGACACAUAAAAUAAUACAGGCAGGCAACUCAAAGUACUGUAUGUAAAGGUCAUUUUAAAUUUUUUACACAUUUAACAAGGUAAUGAAUGAUAUGUAUUAAAGAACAAGACAACUAAAAGAAAGUGAAAGUUUCACAGGCAUUAAUUAAUACGGGAUUACUAUGAAACAAUUCAAAAACAACAAAAAAAUUAUCACCUUUUAAUAACUGAUCCUUCCCUUGCCCCGGUUUCCAACUCUCUGCUAGCGCCUCCCUUGUGAUUUACUGUGUUAUUACUAUUAAUUAGAUUGUACCUCGUCUCCUUCCCUCAAUUCCGAAGAUGUGCUCUUCCUCCUUCCCAGCAUUGUGGCGUUCAAAUCAAAACUCCUUACAAUGUCUCCCACGUUCUGUCCACAUACAUCAAAACUGUAGAACUUCUCAGCUCCAUCAGUCUUCCUUCCCCCUUAAGUCUGCAGUAUUUUCCUCACCAAAUGUGGUGUCACCUAUUGUUGAGUUCGCUCAUCUCUUUCUAAUGUGGUGAUGCACCACACCAUGGGCCUUUCACGAAGACUUCUGAAUAAUAUUUUUUUUAAUCUUUACUAAAUACAGCACAUUUUCUAUUCUGUAACCUCAAGGCAGUGAUCUUGAAUAUUAUGGAAUAGAAUUGAAAGAAAUAAUUGACAGCUUCACACCACGUUUUUUAAGAAAAUGGCAUACUUUACUCCUUAUUUAUAAAUUUAUUUGUUGCAUAAUUUCAAUUUGAAAGUGUCACCACAAGCCUCAAGGCUCCAGUGAAAGUUCUAUGGUUAAGGUAUGUUAUAAUAACCAAGAAGCAAAUCCCACACCAGCACUUUUCUCAGCAAAGUACUACGUUCCUGUCAGCUAAAACAGUCACAAUCAAGUCAGCAUCAUAUUCUUAGCAAAAAAAACUCCAUGAACAGAAUAAGGCAAAAUUGAUAUAAACUUCAAUGGCAAACCUUAAAAAGUGAAGGGGCCUUGCACAGGUCAUCAAGAAAUAAAAAUGGCUACAUGUGUGAUCAGACUCUUGAAAUCUGAAGUAACACUCAUGACCACCUCCAGCAAGUUUAACUCAUUGUGUUUGUCACACAAUCCCAGCCAUUCCACGGAAAUGUGAGAACUGGAGGAAAAGCAGACAACUAUUAGUUUUGUAAAUAAUCAGGUGAUUCAAUCAACUAUUUGUUAAAGUGUAUUGUACAAGUUGAAUUUUAUUUUAAUUCUUGGUGCCAUUUGAACUGCUGACCAAAAUAAAAUUUUUAAAAAUUAA